AUGUUUCUCUUCCAAAUUUUCAACAUGCUUUUUGUGGGGUCUUCCAAAGCCAAAGAGGAGGAAUCCAAAUACCAGCUCUCUCUCUACAAGCGCGGAGACCUGCUCGAAGUACCCAGGACCCUUUUCACGCACUUCGGUAUUUACUUGGGUGACAAUCGUGUGGCGCAUCUCAUUCCGGAUAUUUUGCCGGUGUUGACGAAGGACAAAGCGAAAAUCGGCAAGAUGGUGACCAAUAACCGGCUGAUUUUGGGGGUUAUAACGAAGACCGCGAGCGUGAGGGUGGACUCCGUAGAAGAUUUUGCGUACGGGUCUGAGAUUCUGAUCAACCACAUGGACCGUGUGUGCAGGCAGCCCCCUCUGGACGGGGACGAGGUCGCGAGGAGAGCGGAGAAACUGCUCGGCUCAGUGACCUAUAGUCUCCUGUGGUACAACUGUGAGCACUACGUCAUGUACUGCAGAUACGGCAUGGCCAUCAGCUACCAGACGUACCAGUUCUGUACAGCGGUGCGUAAGGUGGUGUGCAGUCGCCUGUGUGCUUACCUCACAGCCCUGUUUGGGCUCCUGGGCCUGUGCUAUGGAGGCUGUGUGGCCCCGUGCACCCUGCUCCUCACCGUGCUCAUCUCCUUCACCAUCUGGAUGGCUGCGUGA